UAGCUUAGGUAAGCAUCGAAACCGGGGAAAGCUUGGGCCGCUUCGCGCCGUGCAUGCAUCCGCAAAAAGUUCACAUGCACAACUUCGACAAUAUCACAUUCGUUGGAUAUGGCGACAGAGGCGGAGGAUAAGCCGCAAGGCACGAAACGACCUCACUCCGAGAUCGUGGAAGAGAAUGGAAAGACUCACGAUGGUGCGAAGCAUGCCAGCGACUCCGACUCGGACGACGAUGACAUCGGGCCCGCCCUGCCCUCUGCAGACGGACCGAAGAAGAAACGAAGGAGACUCCCAUACGAGAAGCAGUACAUUGCCGCACUGCCCACCGCCACGAGAUACUCCAAAUCCCUCAUGCACCAAGAGCAGCUCGCCUUCUGCCACAUCACACCCCACACCGACUUCUUGAUCACCAGCUCCAUCGAUGGCUACGUAAAGUUCUGGAAAAAGGUCACAGGCGGCGUGGAGUUUGUCAAGGAGUUCAAGGCGCACGACGGCGAGAUCAAGAGUGUUACUGUCAGUGUGGACGGCAGGAGUUACGCGACGGCGGGCGUGGACAACACCGUCAAGAUCUUCGAUGUCGAGACGUUCGAUCUGCUGGCCAUGCUCGAGCCCGAGGCGCCGCCCAAGUGCGUCUGUUUCGUCCAUGGAUCCGGCUCCUCCUUCCCUCUCCUCGCCAUCUCCAACGAGCAAGACGGCCGUAUCUUCAUCUUCGACGGUCGAGGCGAGAACCCCACCCCUCUGCACACCCUUACAAAUAUCCAUCGAAAGCCAGUGCAUCUCAUGGCGUACAACAACGCCUACGACUGUGUCGUGUCAGCAGAUGAAGGAGGCAUGGUGGAAUACUGGCAACCGUCCAGCCCUUUUGAAAAGCCAGACAACGUCUUCGAGAUGAAGAGCAACACCUCGCUCUUCGAGUUCAAGAAAGCAAAAUCCACUCCAUGCUCUCUCACCAUCUCCCCCACCGGCACGCAAUUCGCCACCUUCUCCUUUCCCGAUCGCAAGGUGCGCGUCUUCGAUUUCGCCUCUGCCAAACUCCAUCGAACGUAUGACGAGAGUGUCACUACCAUCACGGAAAUGCAGCAAGCCGGUACCCUCAGCUCCGAGCCAAUGGAAGCGGUGGACUUUGGUCGGCGGAUCGCUGUGGAGCGCGAGCUCGACAAUCCGGCAGUGCGAAGCAAGAUGAAUGUCGUCUACGAUGAAAGUGGACACUUCAUCAUGUUCGGCAGCAUCCUCGGGGUCAAGGUUAUCAAUACCCUCUCGAAUCGUGUCGUCAAAGUCUACGGCCGAGAGGAGGCAUUUCGCCCGCUCAAUCUCGCAGUGUACCAAGGGCAGCCGGAUAAGAAGGGCGUCGUGACUGUUCAGAUGGCCGCAUCAGACAACCCGCUGCUGGCAGAAGCAGAAGCGCGCGAUGCCAUGCUCGUCUGCACCGGCUCAGGCAAAGUACGCUUCUACAUGUUCACCAACGACGACAGCGUCUCGAAAUCCGACCGCGACAUCCACAACGAGAAGCCCCGAAACCUCAACGCAGCGAAAAAAUCCGCAGCAGAAGCCGAGAAGGAAUCCCGCACGGCGACAGCAGCAACAAUCCACACGACGUUGGGCGACAUCAGCGUCCGCAUGUACCCCCAGCACGCCCCGAAAGCCGUGGAAAACUUCACCAUGCACGCAAAGCAGAACUACUACAACAACAUCACCUUCCACCGCGUGAUCCGCAAAUUCAUGAUCCAGACUGGCGACCCCCUCGGCGACGGGACGGGAGGAGAUUCCAUCUGGGGGCGGGAGUUCGAAGACGAGUUCACGCCCGAACUGCGGCACGAUAAGCCGUACAUGCUCAGCAUGGCGAACGCCGGGCCCAACACGAACGCAAGCCAGUUCUUCAUUACGACGGAGAAGGCGCCGUGGCUGGAUGACAAGCACACGAUUUUCGGGCGGGUGGUGCGGGGGAUGGAUGUGGUGCAUUUGAUUGAGAAUGUGCGGGUGCAUAAGGAGAAGCCGGUGGACGAUGUGAAGAUUGUGAGCGUUAGUCUUGGAUAGGUAGGCGAUCUUAUUAGAAGACGAGAUCGUAGGCUAGUGUGUCCGUCGCCAUUUCCUCUCGGAACUUGUGCACCCUGCGAGUAGGACGAGUGUUAGCAUACCUUCUCACAGUCACCGC